AGUUAGCUACGUAGUACGUAAAUUCAGUUUCUCGUACUACAUACUACACACACAAACUUUAUGUCAGUAUUACAAAAUAAAAUUUUUGAAUUCAUGACGACGACGUAGUUAAAGUUAAAAUAUGAAAAUUCUUGUCUUAUUGUUUUCACUUGCCGUUCUAAGUGCGCAACCACAAAUAACACAAGGCCAAUCGGAAACUGGAAAAUUCACAGAGCAUGAUUGCUUUUUAAUUACUUACAUACCCCCCUGCAACGGCACCUCAGUUAACGAUUUUAUUUGGAGAUGGGAGACACAGAGUAAAAAAUGCGUACGCGUUCAUUCAAAAUUGGGUUGUUCCAUGACCAAGAACAAUUUUAGAAGUUCAGAAGAUUGUGAAUCAAUAGCAGGAAGAGUCUGUAAAAACGUCGUCUUUACGGGCACUCCUAUAAUGUUAAACCUGUAAUAUAUCCUAAGAAACA